GGGAGGAGACUUGGCAGUCGGCUUUGAAAGUGGUUCAGUGAUUUCAGUCAGUGUGAGUGUGUCUUCCUACCACCGGCUUAUCCGCACCUUGACUCCGGCACCGGCAGCACCUGUCAACUACUUAAACCAUGAAGUUCUGGACAUCAGAGCACAUAUUCAACCAUCCUUGGGAGACAGUGACCAAGGCUGCCAUGCAGAAGUACCCCAACCCCAUGAACCCCAGUGUGAUCGGAGUGGAUGUUUUGGACAGGAGCAUCGACAAACAGGGACGCCUGCACAGUCAGAGGCUGCUCAGCACAGAGUGGGGUCUCCCAUCCAUAGUGAAAUCUAUCAUUGGUAACUCACGAACAUACACCUAUGUUCAGGAACACUCUGUUGUGGAUCCCAAAGAGAAGACUUUUGAGCUUCAGUCCUCAAAUAUCACUUUCACUAACAUGGUGUCUGUGGAUGAAAAGUUGACAUACAAGCCACAUCCUGAGGACCAGAACAAAACAAUACUGACCCAGGAGGCGAUCAUAUCUGUGAAAGGAGUCAGUCUCAGCAGUUACUUGGAGGGGGUUAUGGCAAGCACCAUCUCUUCUAACGCUGGAAAGGGCCGUGAAGCCAUGGAGUGGGUGAUCAGGCGACUGAAUGCAGAAAUCGAGGAGCUGGCAGCUACAGCACGCGGGACCAUACGUGCCCCCAUGGCUGCUGCGGUCACUGAGAAAUGACACCCGCCUCUGUUUUCCUGCAGCGUUUGAGAGACAACUGCACGCCAGCACAACCAGCCUCCCUUUAUGAUGCUCUGAUGCUGUUUUGGUGCUCUGGAUCUCCUACACUUUACUAUCUACAUUAGAUAUAUUUUAAACAGCAGCCUGCAACAUAAAGGGACUCUGUGCAGAUGUGCUGCCUGUCAAGACUGCCGUGACGAUGAGAGACUAGGGGACAAGUUUAAACACCACUGUUAUCUGUGGGUUUGGAGACACAUAGCACAGAGGUAACAGAAACAACACAAGAAAAGUGCCAAAGCAGACACGCUGCUUUCUGUCCAGCACCUUUGCCAGCUGCAUUUUCAUCUGGCUGAAUACCUCAGAAGUCUCCUCUGGCAUUAACUCUGAUUUUACAGCAACAGAGUUGUUAGGAAAAACAGUUACGGUGAGAUGUAGAAGUGACUGUGAGGAAUACUCCUGUUGAGAUACGAGGCAGGAAACAAUGCCGUGUUGAGGCGGGAGUCGAGUGGAAUGAAUGUCAAGGGUAUGUGGAAGUGGUUUCGGGUGUCAGAGAGUAAAUGGUUUGGUUAACGCAGCCAUCAACAGUGACACGUCAGUGAAAUGUUUCAGCGUCGGGUUCAUUUGUGUUAGAGAGCCAUCUCAAUCAACGUUUUCUUGCGGGACCUCAUCAGCAACAAGACACUGCACCAGGCGACGUACGUAAGCCUGGAUACAAAAUGAAUGUUGUUAUGUGAUAACUAAUAUUAUUAUGAAGGUAUUUAUGUGAACUGAAGGGAUCAAGGUGUUUGUCAUAUUUAUGUUUCUGAAGUGAUGUGGAAGACUUUCUCAAAUGCUGCGAUAGUAUACGUCAGUGGUUCUCAACCUUUUGAGUUUCAAGGACCCCUAAAAUGACACAUUAAGUUAAGAUGUCGCUUAAGGGACCUCCAUCUGAUGAGAGUUGGUUGUUAUCAAACCAUUAUAUGGCUGUUAUUAGUGGUGCUAAGUCAGAGAUAUGGGUAAGUAGGGGCCUAUCACACCAUUAGUUUGAGGAGGCCAUUUUCAGGCCAGGAAAAAUGACACUCUCUGCCAGAAGUGGACUGGCACAGGACUUUCACCCAGGAGACUGGGGUUCGACUCCCAUGUGAAACCAAUAUUUACACCCAACGGUGAUAUUUUUCUAAACCUAACCACAUUUUCCACGGUCAUUGAAUGGGCUCAUAAUUGUCUUCGCAACCUCCAAUUAGGUGUAGCAGGCCCCUACUGAUCCAUAUCUAUGAGGCUUAUAACCACAGAUAAUGGCCAUUUAAUGGGCAGGUAACAUCCCAGUCAGGUACCAGACAGUCACUCUUGCACAGUGAAUUAAAUAGUGAAAAUAAACGUAGGAGAAUGAGAUACUGGUGUGCUCGAGGACUGUCUUUAUCAUAGGAAACUCAGGAAAAAAUGCAGUUGCUCUUGAAGAAAUGGUCAGCACAUGGGAAGAGAAAAUGAACUUCAGGCACUCGUGUGGAGCAGAAACAGAUGUAUUUGAAUUAAGUUAAAAGGCUGUUUACCUUUAAAACACUGAUUGGCUUCAACCCUAAGGUCUUCAUAAGGGUUUUUGCACCCUGAUGAGACCUUUAUGUCGACACCAUUCAUAUUAGUGAUUGCCUGAAGUGAAUAAACUUCCUAAUUCUUGUUCUGACCCCCUGGAAUCCUCUCAAGGACUUCUUGGAGGUCACUGGACCCCUGGUUGAGAACCACUGGUAUCACUGUUAGGAAUCAGUCCUACGUGCGUAGACUGAACAUUGUCAGUAACACACUGUACCUGAACAUGUUUGCUAAACUCAAACUGUUUUAUCAAUACACACAAAAGACUACUGUUCCUCAGUUAUAACACAGACUUCUCAGCAUGUCCUCUCAGUGUGAAGGCUGAGACCUUUGCAUUUACUUUUUUUGCACUUACAAAAUAAUAAUUUUAACAAAGAAAAGCUGCUAAACACGCUGAUUAUCUGUGAAUAUUUUGGUAUCCCUGAGAGUCAGUUUGAAUUUGAGAACAUCUUUCUUUGUGUAACUGACAGCAGUGUGGUGAUGGUGAGAGAUUUAGUUUCUUUAAAAUAUAUAUUUUUUACCAGUAACAAGAAUAUUUAUUUAGACAAACAGUUUGGUUCGAAGUAGUGCGUUGCAACUUGGGUUGAACGCUGAGAAUUGUGAUAUUACAUGCUUAGUUAGGAACUGUAGUUUGUACAUUUUGUCUGGGUGCCUCUGAAAAGAAACGGUGUCACCAGCUGCAGAAUGUGGCAAUAAAAUAAAAUAUUUUUAACCUGUUUAAUAAAAGA